GCUGACGGGCCGCGUUGUUUACGGCCGAGCAGCCCUCGCUCCCGCCGCCCGCCCGCCACUCGCCGGCCCAGGUGCCCGCCCGCCCGUCCGCGCGUCCGUCUGUCCGCGCGUCCGUCUGUCUCGGCGUUCGCAGAUCGCGGCCCAGAGCGCUCGGGGCGCAGCGAGGGGGCUCCGGACCCGGAGGUCGCGGUCCGGGGUCGGGGCCGCCUCCGCCGGAUCGGUAGCGGCCGAGGCCCCGCGCCCCUCCUGGGGCCGUUCCGAGGGCCCUCCCGGGCGGGGGCUGCGGCGCGCGGGGCCGCCGGCGUGGAAGAGAAGGACGCGCGUCCCCCAGAGCCGCUCGGGCGGCCGCCUCGGAGCAUGACCCCCGCGGGCCGGCGCCGCGCGCUCUGAGCCGCCGGGACCCCGCGCUCCAGCAGCCAUGGGCGCCGGGGCUGGGCGGGGGGCGGCCACCGCGCCGCUGCUGGUGGCGGUGGCCGCGCUGCUGCUGGGCGCCGCGGGCCACCUGUACCCCGGAGAGGUCUGCCCUGGCAUGGAUAUCCGGAACAACCUGACGAGGCUGCACGAACUGGCCAACUGCUCGGUCAUUGAAGGUCAUUUGCAGAUACUGCUCAUGUUCAAAACGAGGCCCGAGGACUUCCGAGACCUCAGUUUCCCCAAACUCGUCAUGAUCACUGAUUACCUGCUGCUCUUCCGGGUGUAUGGGCUGGAGAGCCUGAAGGACCUCUUCCCCAAUCUCACGGUCAUCCGGGGCUCACGCCUCUUCUUCAACUACGCGCUGGUCAUCUUCGAGAUGGUUCACCUGAAGGAGCUUGGCCUCUACAGCUUGAUGAACAUUACCCGGGGCUCCGUCCGCAUCGAGAAGAACAAUGAGCUGUGCUACCUGGCCACCAUCGACUGGUCGCGCAUCCUGGAUUCGGUGGAGGAUAAUUACAUUGUGUUGAACAAAGACGACAACGAGGAGUGUGGGGACAUUUGUCCAGGCACUGCAAAGGGCAAGACCAACUGCCCUGCCACUGUCAUCAACGGGCAGUUUGUGGAGCGUUGUUGGACACACAGCCAUUGCCAGAAAGUUUGUCCGACCAUCUGCAAGUCGCACGGCUGCACGGCCGACGGCCUCUGCUGCCACAGCGAGUGUUUGGGCAACUGCUCCGAGCCCGACGACCCCACCAAGUGCGUGGCCUGUCGCAACUUCUACCUGGACGGCAGGUGCGUGGAGACCUGCCCGCCCCCCUACUACCACUUCCAAGACUGGCGCUGCGUGAACUUCAGCUUCUGCCGGGACCUGCACAAUAAAUGCAAGAACUCCCGGAGACAGGGUUGCCACCAGUAUGUCAUUCACAACAACAGGUGCAUCCCUGAGUGCCCCUCGGGGUACACGAUGAAUUCCAGCAACCUGAUGUGUACUCCCUGCCUGGGCCCCUGUCCCAAGGUCUGCCACAUCCUGGAAGGCGAGAAGACCAUCGACUCGGUGACAUCUGCCCAGGAGCUCCGAGGCUGCACCGUCGUCAACGGAAGCCUAAUCAUCAACAUUCGAGGGGGCAACAACCUGGCAGCUGAGCUGGAGGCCAACCUCGGACUCAUUGAAGAAAUUUCUGGGUAUCUGAAGAUCCGAAGAUCCUAUGCUCUUGUGUCACUUUCCUUUUUCCGGAAGUUACGGCUGAUUCGGGGAGAGACCUUGGAAAUCGGGAACUACUCUUUCUAUGCCUUGGACAAUCAGAACCUGAGGCAGCUAUGGGACUGGAGCAAACACAACCUCACCAUCUCUCAGGGGAAACUCUUCUUCCACUAUAAUCCCAAACUCUGCUUGUCGGAAAUUCACAAGAUGGAGGAGGUUUCAGGAACCAAGGGGCGCCAGGAGCGGAACGACAUUGCCCUGAAGACCAAUGGGGACCAGGCGUCUUGUGAAAAUGAACUACUUAAAUUUUCUUACAUUCGGACAUCUUACGACAAGAUCUUGCUGAAAUGGGAGCCGUACUGGCCCCCUGACUUCCGAGACCUCCUGGGCUUCAUGCUCUUCUACAAAGAGGCCCCUUAUCAGAAUGUGACCGAGUUCGACGGGCAGGACGCGUGUGGCUCCAACAGCUGGACGGUGGUGGACAUUGACCCGCCUCUGAGGUCCAAUGACCCCAAGUCGCAGAACCACCCAGGGUGGCUGAUGCGGGGUCUCAAGCCCUGGACCCAGUAUGCCAUCUUUGUCAAGACCUUGGUCACCUUUUCUGAUGAGCGCCGCACGUAUGGGGCCAAGAGUGACAUCAUCUAUGUCCAGACCGAUGCCACCAACCCUUCCGUCCCCCUGGAUCCUAUCUCGGUGUCGAAUUCCUCCUCUCAGAUCAUUCUGAAGUGGAAGCCUCCCUCGGACCCCAAUGGCAACAUCACGCACUACCUGGUGUUCUGGGAGAGGCAGGCGGAGGACAGCGAGCUGUAUGAGUUGGAUUAUUGCCUCAAAGGGUUGAAGCUGCCUUCCCGGACCUGGUCCCCGCCGUUCGAGUCCGAGGGCUCCCAGAAGCACAAUCAGAGUGAAUACGAGGAGUCCGCUGGCGAAUGCUGCUCGUGUCCCAAAACCGACUCUCAGAUCCUGAAGGAGCUGGAGGAGUCCUCUUUCAGGAAGACGUUUGAGGAUUACCUGCACAAUGUGGUUUUCGUGCCCAGAAAAUCCUUUUCAAGCCCUGGUGCUGAGGACAGUAGGCCGUCGCGGAAGCGCAGGGCCCUCGCCGACGCUGGGAACGUGACGGCCGCCGUGCCCACGGUGCCUGGUUUCCCCAACACUUCCAGCAGCGUGCCCACGAGCCCGGAAGAGCACAAGCCCUUCGAGAAGGUGGUGAACAAAGAGUCGCUGGUCAUCUCCGGCCUGCGUCACUUCACCGGCUACCGCAUCGAGCUGCAGGCUUGCAACCAAGAUGCCCCCGAGGAGAGGUGCAGCGUGGCCGCCUACGUCAGCGCCAGGACCAUGCCCGAAGCCAAAGCAGACGACAUUGUUGGCCCUGUGACCCAUGAAAUCUUCGAGAACAAUGUGGUUCACUUGAUGUGGCAAGAGCCUAAAGAACCCAACGGAUUGAUCGUGCUGUAUGAAGUGAGUUACCGACGGUAUGGUGAUGAGGAGCUGCACCUCUGUGUCUCCCGUAGACACUUUGCUCUGGAGCGGGGCUGCAGGCUGCGAGGGCUGCCGCCGGGGAAUUACAGUGUGCGAGUUCGGGCCACCUCCCUGGCGGGCAACGGCUCCUGGACAGAAGCCACUUAUUUCUACGUGACAGACUAUUUAGAUGUCCCAUCGAACAUUGCAAAAAUUAUCAUCGGGCCUCUCAUCUUUGUCUUUCUCUUCAGUGUUGUGAUUGGAAGUAUUUAUCUAUUCCUGAGAAAGAGGCAGCCGGAUGGGCCACUGGGGCCGCUGUAUGCUUCUUCAAACCCUGAGUACCUCAGUGCCAGUGAUGUGUUUCCCUGCUCUGUGUAUGUGCCGGACGAGUGGGAGGUGCCUCGGGAGAAGAUCACUCUCCUGCGCGAGCUGGGGCAGGGCUCCUUCGGCAUGGUGUACGAGGGCAAUGCCAGGGACAUCGUCAAGGGCGAGGCGGAGACCCGUGUGGCGGUGAAGACGGUCAACGAGUCCGCCAGUCUGCGAGAGAGGAUCGAGUUUCUCAACGAGGCCUCAGUCAUGAAGGGCUUCACCUGUCAUCACGUGGUCCGCCUCCUGGGGGUGGUGUCCAAAGGCCAGCCGACGCUGGUGGUGAUGGAGCUGAUGGUUCACGGAGACCUGAAGAGCUACCUCCGCUCCCUGCGGCCGGAGGCUGAGAAUAACCCUGGCCGCCCUCCCCCUACUCUGCAAGAGAUGAUUCAGAUGGCGGCGGAGAUCGCCGACGGGAUGGCGUACCUGAAUGCCAAGAAGUUUGUGCAUCGGGAUCUCGCAGCUCGAAACUGCAUGGUGGCCCACGACUUCACCGUCAAAAUUGGAGACUUCGGAAUGACCAGAGACAUCUAUGAAACGGAUUACUACCGGAAAGGAGGCAAGGGUCUGCUCCCCGUGCGGUGGAUGGCACCGGAAUCCCUGAAGGACGGGGUCUUCACCACUUCUUCUGACAUGUGGUCCUUUGGUGUGGUCCUUUGGGAAAUCACCAGCUUGGCGGAACAACCUUACCAAGGCCUGUCUAAUGAACAGGUGUUGAAAUUUGUCAUGGACGGAGGAUAUUUGGACCAACCUGACAACUGUCCGGAGAGAGUCACCGACCUGAUGCAUAUGUGCUGGCAGUUCAAUCCCAAGAUGCGGCCCACCUUCCUGGAGAUCGUUGACCUGCUCAAGGACGACCUGCACCCCAGCUUUCCGGAAGUUUCCUUCUUCCACAGCGAGGAGAACAAGGCGCCUGAGAGUGAGGAGUUGGAAAUGGAGUUUGAGGACAUGGAGAGUGUCCCCCUGGAUCGGGCCUCACACUCACAGAGGGAAGAGGCCGGGGGCCGGGAUGGAGUGUCCUCGCUGGGCCUCAAGCGGAACUACGAGGACCACAUCCCCUACACCCACAUGAACGGGGGCAAGAAAAACGGACGGAUUCUGACCCUGCCGAGGUCGAAUCCUUCCUAACGGCGCCUGUUUUGGGGGAGGGGUUCUCCAAACCCCUCUGGUUUACUUUCCUCUGGUUUGAAGGCCUCCAGAAAACUCAGGAUUCUCCUAUGAAUCUGCCACAGUGUCACACGGAGCUCAGAGAUCAUUGCUAUCCAUUGCUGUUCAUUGAUGACUUAAAACACGUUUGUUUGAUUGCCAAGUUGACUAGCUGUCAGAGAAUUUAACUGUGACCCUGGAGGAGAAGGGGUUUCCUCGGCUGCUGUCCCUACAGGCAACUGCGGUUUUAAGCCAGAAUGUUACUAUUUUUUCAAGUGGGUUGAAAGCAAGGACUUGUUUUUAAAAAUCUUCUUCUUCUGCUUUUUUUUUUUUUUUUUUCUGGUGUCUGAGCUACAGUAUAAAGCAUAAAACUUGUUUGUGGAACAAAAGUUUGAAAGAAAGAAAGAAAAAAAAAAAAAAAACCCACCCUGUUCCAGUAGAAUCUCAGACUUUACGGAGUGGGCUUCGCGAAGAGUCUUCUCAUCCAGGCUGAAGGAUUUUUUUUUCUUCUUCUUCUUCUUCUUCACAAAAUCAGUUCCUCAAAUUGACCAAUAGCUACUGCUUUUAUACUUUUGAUAAGAAUCUGCAGUCCCGGUGUGCGGUUCACGUGUGUCCACGUGCGUGCGUGUGUGUGUGUGUGUGUCCAGGCUAGAUAUGGCUGGUGUGCGUAUGUGUGUGUGUGUGCGCACGCGCACAGAGUAUUCAUGCCGCGUUGACGCUUUGGGGGGUCUGCUCUGCUCGAGCUCCUGAUCCCUCCCAUCUCCUUCCUUCUUAUUUACUGGGAGACUGUGCCCUCCACAGAUUUUUCUGCCCCAAGCCUAGUCUCAGGAGUCUUUUCUCCCUUAACUUUGGUGAAAAAUGUUUUCCGGGAGCCAAGGGAGUAGUUUGGAGUGAUAGUGGAUCUUUUCAAGACCAAACAAAGCUAGGACAUAAAAAAAGAAAAAGAAAAAAAAAAAAAAAAGAACUAAGGUGAUUAAGAGUUUUGAGAAUAUAUUUGUAACAUAUUUAAUUUUUGAAAAAAUCUCCAGCAUCAGCCUCAUAAGUUAUUAACUGUUUCCCGGGGGGGGGGGGCGGGGAGGGGAGGGCUUGUGGGUUGCUUGGUUGAUCUGCCUGUGUGCAGAGGGGGAGCGAGGCACCAGUGGCUGAUUUGUUUGGUCUUAAAGGCAUCCAUUUUUCUGGGAAUAAAGCCACAUUAGCUGCUAACCCUUUUGGACAUCAUGAGGCCAUGGGUGUGGGUGAUUGGGUUUGGUGGAUGGCUUGGUUUCUGCUUGGGUAAGCUGGUAAGCGCCUGGAGCUGAGUCCUGCCUUCAGACACACUUGUGGCUCUUGGAUCUUUUGGUUCCUUGUGUGUACCUCGCACGCUUCCUCAACUGGGUGUGCACAUCCUGUGAUUACUGUGCAAACAACAAAAUCAAAUCCCAAAGUGCGACAGCCCAGAUGGACUUUGAGAACACUAAGCAAUAUGAAGCGAGAUGCACCUGUCGGUCGCCUCCACCCUCAGGGCAUCCAGCUGUCCUCAGAGUUGACCUCCCAGAAGCUGCUCUGCACCCAGUGACCUCAGCUGGGCCAGGUGUGGGGCCUGAGCAGAACUCUCAGGUGCUUAUGAUGUCGCAGUCCCCAAGAGAGUAGAGUCUGGAGGAGAAACCGCUAAGGAUCGUCGUGCCACCAAGAACUUCCGAGUGGGCGUGAAUUCAGUUUCUUCCCUUUGGGGAAGGAAUCACAGCUGCUCAAAUAAAGAACAUGGUGAACUCAUUACUUUGGUUCAUCAAAAUCGUCACCCACGGGUUAUCCCUGAGAGCAUGUGCUCAUGAGUUUUCGAUUGCUUCCUUCUCCUCUUCUCUUAAAAGUUGUGGGCUUAAGAACAGGAUAGAGACAAUGGCGACCUCUGAACCUUCUCAAUUCUUGGUUAAGAACACAGGUAGACACAAAUCCCAAUUGCCUAUUACUAUCUUAUUUAUAUGAUUUGAGAAAUCACAGCACAUGAAAUAUUUCUGGGGAGCCUCAAUGAUUGGUUGGGUACAAGGAACAGAAAUUAUUUUCGCCAAAUUUAUUUUGUACAUAUAAGAGGGUCUGUACGUAAAUUAAAAAUACAUAGAUCUAGGUAUUUUGUUCUUUUCAUAGUAAAUUUGUAGUGGCCGUAUAUGACACUAGCAACAAUUUUCACAUUUUUCUAAUUCAGAAAGGUUUUCUUAUAUUAGGGGGAAAUUAUUUAUUUUAAUAUAUAAAAAUCACUGUAAAAAUCACUUUCGUAAAAAAUGGAGUGCAUGUAAAUUUUUAUCAACGAGAAAUAAACAGGUGAAUGUGGGGUAAUGAUUUUUUUUUUUUUCCAGCACAGUCUACCUCAGUGUAUCAUUAAGAUGUGGUUCAAUAAUGGACAUCUUUGAGACUUCAGAAUUCUGCCUGGAUCCAAUCGGAAUCAGGGAAAAUCUGUGUCAGCUGAUUCCAAAUGCCAGGGACCAGUAAGAAUUUUGAGGGAGGGAGUUGGGAUAAAGUGUGGCUUUCGUGUGAGCAUAGAUCCUUUUUCUGGCUGAUAAUAGUCUUCUCUGAGUUCAGUCUUCCCCACCCCCACUUUUUUUGAUCCUGCAUCCAUUGGCACCAUGCUUCCAAACAUGAACUGAAAUUUCAGGUCAUCAUGACGUAUCUGAUGUGUGGGGUGCCCAGGCCUGAGCUAGCUUCCUUUGCUGAGGAGAGAAUACUCCGUCUCCUGCUGGGGCGAAGAUAGGUUUUGGUGCAAAGCUAGCGUCCCCGCUGCCCUACUGCAUCCCCCUGCAGUGAGCACCGAGGUGCCCUGGACUCUCCAUGGCUUCUUCCUACUCCUUUUAAGCUCAGAUGCUUUGGGGAAGUGGAACAAAUUGCACUGUGGGCACCUCACACACAAAUACCCAAUGCAGCGUCUCUAUCCUCUCCAAGUGGAAAAGGGGACUGUAGAGAAAUUCCAAUCCCAAAUCUACCAGCAUGCUGAGUAUAUUUUUUAGCCACAGAACCUGGGACCCCCGUGUGAGAAUGCUGGGCUCACCUGCACAAAUGGGAUAUCGCCUAUUUCUUUUAGUUUGUCUCUGCCACUGCAGUGAGAAGAGAAAGCAGCCAUUGGGUCAUAAACCUUUUUCAUCGCACAGUGUCGUGUCUAACAACAACUUUGGUCCUAGAAAGUCAUGAUCGACCUGGCAGUGUUGUAGUGAUGGGCUCUAAAAAGAGCAACAAAGCCAGCUUAGAUGGAUACUUUCUGUUGUUUGUUUUUAAAGAUGUCUCAUUAUUAUUAAAACCCUUUUCAUUAAUGUGGCAUAAUCGACAGAGUAGUUUCUUCUUCCGGGAGGAGAAUAGCAAGCACAUUACUUUCUCCCGGGACCAGUGAUGUCAAGCACACGUCUGGAAACGUUUGUAUUCUGGGAGCUGUCCUUGGUGCUUUCCUGUAACGUCAAGCUAGUAGGGAGGAAUGCUGCUGGUUCUCGUGGAGAGAUAUUGAGCACAACAGAGAAAAUGUGGGAAUUGAUGCAAGGGUCUGCACAUAACGAUCCUGUGAUCAUUGGAGACUGCUGCCAAUUGAUGGACAAAUCUUCCACUAUCUCCCACCAGAGCAGACAAUCUGCCAUAAAAUGUGCUGGUUGGGUUGGGAGGUGUUAAUUCGUAGCUGUCGUAACAGUGGGCAGUGGGCAGGAAUGCUAUCAGAGCAUGGCCCAUGCCAGCCAUCUGAGUAGCUCGUGGAUGUGCUGUAGGUCCAGGGACAAUCAUUUUUCGACUUCAUGGUGGGUGGAAAUUUGGGGUUAAAUGUCUUCUGGAUGCCACUUGGUGAGUCCUUGACACCUCGGGCUCUUCAGAAAUUACGGUUUUGUUCGAUGGGGGGAACAGGGAAACGCUGAUUGUGUAUAAAUGGUGCACAUAGAAUGGUGUCCCUUCAGAGAACCUUCCAGAAGGUUGUUUAGACUAUUGAUUUACACCAGAGGUGAGGUUGAAACGGAAAGAACAAAUGCUGAUUUGUUCUUUCAAACACAUGAAAGAAUGUCAUGGACUUUCAGGGGCUACAGCUGAAGGUGAAUGUUUCCUGAGGGGUCCCCCAGAAGCAGAGGGAAACGUUGACUUUGUGAGCUCCCUGUCACCUCAUACCAGUCAGGGUCGAGAACCAACCUCCAGCCAAAUUCUUAUUCGGGUGUGGACCCUAAAAGUCCUUGUUAAAAACCAGAUCACGAAUCUGAGGCUCUUUGUCCCCUUUGAGAAGGAAGGAACAACAUCCAAGACAAGUGUGUGUCUAUAUACACAUUCAGGAAUGGCUUGUUUAGUCUUUCUACGUUCUGUGCCUCGGGGGGUCCUGGCCCUGCGUGUCAGCCGCAGACACUUUCCAUCCGCUGUCAGCUGCCCAGGAUCAAAUGUGCCUCAGCUUAUGGGGAAAACAACUCAGAAACACAAAACCCACCAAAAGCUCAAUUAUUAUUUUUUCAAUGUUUUCCUACAAGAGCCAAGUAGCGCCAUGUACAGAAUAUGCCUUUUUCUUUGAAUAUUGAAAUUGCUCUGCAUGUGAAAUAUGGGAUAAUUACCUGUUUAUAUGAAAAUUCUGAAUAAAUUAUCGGAGAA